AUGAAGCGUGGUAGAAAAUGGAACAUAAGCAUCCAAUACGACAUGGUGAUGAAUCCUCUGUCUCAAGCAGAGACACUUUUCUCUGCUUUCUCCAACAACAACAACAACAACAAACUUAGGCGUCUCCCUCACGUCUUCAGCAGGAUCCUUCAACUUCCGUUACGCUCUGACGCUGACGUGGCAGUCGAAGAAUCACCUAACUGUUUCCGAUUCAUGGCGGAAACCGAGUCGUCACUCGGUCACGUGGAGACGCACGCGCUUCAUAUCCAUCCAGGUGUUACCAGAAUUGUUGUGAGGGCAAGUCAGUCACUUCACUUUUCGUUGGAUGAUCUUCAUCCUGAUAUCUGGAGGUUUCGUCUCCCUGAGUCUGUCGUCCCGGAGCUCACCACCGCCGGGGUGGUCGACGGUGUGCUCGUCGUCACUGUUCCUAAGGCUGAACGUGAUGAUGAGAAUAAUACUGCAGCUAUUGAUGGUGGUGGUGCUAGGGUUGUGUUUGCUCAGUAA